UUGCUAACUAGGUAGCUAGGUUGCUUGCUGGACUGCAGGGUGACUAGCCUUAAGUUCAUGUCCUGCUCACUGGUAAACUGAGCUCCAGGCAGCGAGGUAGAAAUGUCCAGACUACCUGUUUCAGCUAAGUAGAAUUCACUUUAGUCUUAAAAAUGUUAAAAUCCCAACUCAGAUUUACUUAAUCAUUUAUUCAAGCAUGUAACUCAAGCCAUGAGGUACUCAAGUAGUUGUGUGAAUUCUCGAAUGUGAUUGGUCAAAAGGUGGUGAUUUAUUUUGUAUAACAGCAGCUCCUGAAAAUAGUCUGACUGUAAUUCAAAUCACAGAUGCAUAUAACAAUUUUGAAGAGGGGACAGGAAGCUCCAGUUGAACGGUGCACCACAUGUUGCAGUAACCUUAGAUACCACUGUCCAUUCUGCACAUCUGAAGUGUACCGUCCGAAUGAGUUACAUCAUGUAAAGAACCAUGUGUUCAACCACCUAAGCCUGGCAGUGGAGCAUGAAGACUUCAUCAUAGUCAAAUGCAACUUGCACUGCAGAGACCAAGCACAUUUUCAUUGCUGUUACUGCACAACAACAGUGAUAAGAAAAGUUCAAAUAAUCAGGCAUUUAACAGCAUGCAGAAGACGAUCUCCUACCCCAUCUCCAUGGCCCUGUACAGAAUCCACCUUUGAUACUGAGCCAGUAUCUGUGAGAGAACCAGUGUCCUCCACAGAGCCAGCUUCCAUCACAGAACCAGCAUUCGUCACAGAACCAGUUUCCGUCACAGAGCCAGUGUCCGUUACAGAACCAGCUUCCAUCACAGAACCAGCGUCUGUCACCGAGCCAGCAUCCGUCGCAGAGCCAGCAAUCAUCACAGAACCAGUGUCUGUCAAAGAACUAGCAUCCAUCGCAGAGCCUGCGUCCGACAUAGAGGCAGUGUGCUUGACCAAAAUAGUGUCAAUCACCAAAUCAGCCUCACUAGCAAAGCAUGUUCAUGUACAGAAAAAAGUUCAGUGCACUCACUGUGGAAUUACAGUCAGCAAAAAAAAUCUGGAUAUGCAUAUCAGAAGAAAACACAGUCUGAAGAUGCAUAUAACAGUUUUGAAGAGGGGACAGGAAGCUCCAGUUGAACGGUGCACCACAUGUUGCAGUAACCUUAGAUACCACUGUCCAUUCUGCACAUCUGAAGUGUACCGUCCGAAUGAGUUACAUCAUGUAAAGAACCAUGUGUUCAACCACCUAAGCCUGGCAGUGGAGCAUGAAGACUUCAUCAUAGUCAAAUGCAACUUGCACUGCAGAGACCAAGCACAUUUUCACUGCUGUUACUGCACAACAACAGUGAUAAGAAAAGUUCAAAUAAUCAAGCAUUUAACAGCAUGCAGAAGACGAUCCCCUACCCCAUCUCCAUGGCCCUGUACAGAAUCCACCUUUGAUACUGAACCGGCAGCUGUGAGAGAACCAGUGUCCUCCACAGAGCCAGCUUCCAUCACCGAGCCAGCGUCCAUCACAGAACCAGUAUUCUUCACAGAACCGGGGUCCUUCAUAGAACCAGUUUCCGCCACAGAGCCAGCUUCCAUCACAGAGCUGGCGUCCGUCACCGAGCCAGUUUCCGUCACAGAAGCAGCAUUCGUCACAGAGCGGGCUCCCAUCACAGAACCGGCAUCUGUCACAGAGCCAGUUUCCGUCACAGAACCAGCACUGGACACAGAGCCGACGUCCGUCACAAAGCCUGCUUCUAUCACAGAGCCUGCGUCCGUCACAGAAUUGGCGUCCGUCCCAGAGCCAGUGUCUGUGAACAAAUUGGUGUCCAUUGCCAAAUCAGCCUCACUAGCAAAGCAUGUUCAUGUGCAGAAAAAAGUUCAGUGCACUUACUGUGGAAUUACAGUUAACAAAAAAAAUCUGGAUAUGCAUAUCAGAAGAAAACACAGUCUGAAGAUGCAUGUAACAGUUUUGAAGAGGGGACAGGAAGCUCCAGUUGAACGGUGCACCACAUGUUGCAGUAACCUUAGAUACCACUGUCCAUUCUGCACAUCUGAAGUGUACCGUCCGAAUGAGUUACAUCAUGUAAAGAACCAUGUGUUCAACCACCUAAGCCUGGCAGUGAAACAUGAAGACUUCAUCAUAGUCAAAUGCAACUUGAGCUGCAGAGAACAAGCACAUUUUCAUUGCUGUUACUGCACAACAACAGUGAUAAGAAAAGUUCAAAUAAUCAAGCAUUUAACAGCAUGCAGAAGACGAUCCCCUACCCCAUCUCCAACCUCUCCUCCAUGCUCAUCUAAAGCAUUCACUUUUGUCACAGAGCCAACGUCCAUCACAGAACAAGUGUCCAUCACCAAAUCAGCCUUACUAGUAAAGCGUGUUUGUGUGCAGAAAAAGGUUCAGUGCACUCACUGUGGAAUUACCGUUAACCAAAAGAAUAUGGAUAUGCAUAUCAGAAGAAAACACAAUGUGAAGGCCCAGAUCUUUCGGCAGUUGAGCGGUUAUCAAGUUCCCUUAAAAUAACAAACAUUCCUGAGAGCAGAAGAUCUUGGAAUGCUGAACUUAAUCACACUAAGCAAUAUCUGGUAAGCUACCAAUAUGCACAAUGUUCACUCAUUUUCACUCAUCUUAAUGGGGGCAUUCAAACAUCUCAUCUGUUUGACUGAUCUCAUUUGAAAGCUGAAUUAUGUCCUGGACAAAUCCAGUGACCCAGACAAGCUUAUUGUCUGUCUGAGCCAAACCACAACACUGAAGAGUGCCCAAAAAAGAAAUUUGUUUCUGAGCAGGGCAAAGGCAGUCUGACUCUAGUCUGACUCUUUUAUUGUAAACAAUAAAAAGUUCCCUUAUUGCAUCCAGUACUUAAAGUUUAGAUGCGCUACUUCCCUACUGCUUUUUGAAAGUAUAGUUCAUUAAAAUCUUAUGCAUAACAGCUUGUGACAGAAAGGGAUGAAAAAUGUUUUCUAGAAAUCACAGUUUAUACAUAUUCAAGCUGUUAGUUUCUCAGGCUGGUGUCUUUAAUAAAAUGUCUCGAGAAAUGAUUUUCUCACUCUCUUUUCUAUAAAUUCUUGUGUGGUCCAUGUGACACUUCCCCCUAGAGGACACACUCAUGUUACACGCAAGUAUGAAGACUUUACUCUAUGAAAUUGUCCGAGCAUGACGUCGUCACAUGUUUGCAGAUAUGUGCUUGCAUAAGUAUAAAUCAGCCCUUAAAGUGAACAUGUUCUUACAGAUCAAUCUGGAACACUAUAUUGAUGCUAUUCCAACUAUUCAAGUGAAUACUUAAUACUUACUUAAUACAGUGUGUGUUAAUCUUUUAUAUUUUUUAAUACCUUAAUAUUUUUCAGUAUGCCCUCUGUGUAAUGAUGGAAGUGCAGUUUGACUUCUUGCAGUUUGACAUCCCUGACAUUAGAAAGUGGUGGUGCCUACAUCUGCUGAAGAAAUUUUCUUUGGGAAGUCGAGGUGCCAGCUUCCAUAAUUGAGGGUGUGUCGCAAAGCUAUGAAGAAUUUUACAUUAAGAUGACCUCCUUGUGCAUAGUCUGGUCUUGUCAUUGAUGCUUCAGUGGUGAAGAACAUCAUGGUUGCAGUGGAAUGAAAGAUGGACAAUAGGCAUGUAUUCAGUAGGAAGGUGCUCCAUCCAGAAGUCUAUGCUAUUUAGAAGGAAGGUGCCGUGUUGGCCCUUGCAACUUUUAUCGGACUUCAGAGAAGUAGAUGACAUAUGGGGUAUUUUUCUUUGCAAAUAAGAACUGACAUGGAUAUAUACACUAUAUGGCCAAUGUUAUGUGGACACCUGACCGUCACACUCAUAUGUGGUUCUUCCCCAAACUGUUGCCACAAAGUUUGAAGCACACAAUUGUCUAGAAUGCCUGUGUAUGCUGUAGCAGUAAGAAUUUUCCUUCACUGGAACUAAGGGGUCCAAACAUAUUCCAGCAUGACAAUGCCCCUGUGCACAAAGCCAGGUCCAUAAAUACAUGCCAAGGUUAGUGUAGAAGAACUUGAUUGGCCUGCACAGAGCCCUGACCUCAACCCCACCAAACACCUUUGGGAUGAACUGGAAUGCUGACUGCACCCCAGGCCUCCUAGUUCAACAUCAGUUUCUGACCACACUGUGCUCUUGUGGCUGAAUGAGCAAAUCCCCACAGUCAUGUUCCAGAAUCUUCCCAGAAGAGUGGAGGUUAUUAUAACAGCAAAGUUUGAGUAAAUUUAUAAUGAGAUGUUCAACAAGCACAUACUGUAUGUGUGUGAUGGUCAGGUGUCCACAUACUUUUGGCCAUAUAAUGAAUAUGUGCGAAGUUAGAGACGACCAAGACAUUCAUAUGUCUGCUGUUAUAAACACCUGCUUGUAAAAAAUUUGUUUGUUUUGCCAAUUAUUUUCUAAUAAACAAAAUAUUUUUAA